CUCCCUUUCCGGUCCCGUCUUGUCUAACCCACGUGUGUCCAGAAAUGUGUUGAUAUUUUUAUACCAGUGAGUUUUCUGUCAUGGUGCGUCUGUUUUAGCUGGAUUUAAAGUUAGUUUGGUCGACAUGGAUCUCGCCUCCAAGGACUCCUACAUCCAGAAACUCGCAAGUACAGUUUUUUCUCAGAAAGAGCAGGAGCCAAAGAAGAGACCUUUUGCUUAUUUCAAGGGUAAAAGUGACACUGGUCCUCCAAAGAAGAACAAAAAGUGUAAAAAGAAGCAUUUUAAAGAAAAGAGCGCAGAUGAGAAGACGCCUACUCCUAAAUCCCAACGAAAGCCUUCACCCUUUGCUGCAGCACAGAAAGGCCCAGCAGUACUGAGCGGGUCCAAAACUCAGAGCAUAAAUGGAUCCACAGCACAGCCGCCUAAAGGAGGAAAUGCACAGUCCAACUUCUCCACAGUAGAUGUCCUACGCAAGAGACUACAUGAAAAGAUCGAAGAGUCCAGAGGGCAGGGAGCCCCAAAGAAUGCAUUAUCAGAGGCAGUCCAGGCAAAGCGAGCGAAACGAAAGAUGGAACGGGAGCGCAAGAAGAGGAAGAGGAAAGAGUUUCGGAUGAAAGAACUGGCUGAAAAAAGUGGCCAAGAACUGCAGCCGGAGAUAAAACAGGAAGCAGAGGAAGCCCCGGCCGUCAGCAAAAGAAAUGAAGCUGCCAUCAUUUUCAACACGGUGGAGACGGUGGAAGAGGGCUAUGUAGACAAAAUGCAGAAAAAGAAGAGCAAGAAACAGAGUAUGAAGGGCCAGAUAACGCCGCUGACAGGGAAGAACUACAAGCAGCUGCUGAGUCGUGUGGAGGCCCGCAAAACAAAGCUGGAACAGCUGAGGGAGAAAGACGAGGGGAAAGCCCGCGAGUUGGAGGAGAAGAUGAAGUGGACCAACAUGCUUUAUAAGGCAGAGGGCAUCAAAAUCAAAGACGACGAGGACAUGCUGCGCUCCUCGUUGAAGAGGAAGGAGAAGAAGCGCACGGAGAGGAAGAAGAACUGGAACAAGCGCAGUGAGAACAUCGUAGAGAAGAUGCAGCAACGUCAGGAAAAGAGACGAAAGAACAUCCAGAAACGCAAACAAGUCAAGACAGAGAAGAAGAAGGACAGGGCGCGGAAGAGGGGCAGAGUUCUGCCCGAGGACUUGAAAAAAGUGUCAGUAUAGAGGAAGGAGUGUGUCUUUAUAUGAUGUCUUAUGACAAGACAACAUAGGCAAAUCAGGAAAUCAGUCUCUUUUUAUGGGAGUAUGAUUUUAUUUACUUGAUAUCCAAGUUAAGGAGUAAUAUGUGUGUUGUGGUAAAUAAAAUGUGAUUCUUCAGUACGAUGAACAUGAA